AUGCCAAUAAAUUCUCAACAACGGCAACGACCGCAGCAAUUUGCAAAUGCCGGCGGCACAGGCUCUACUACGACCGAAGAAGAACCGUCGACCGCGACUCUCCCUCGUACCCUGCGCCUCAGAGGCGAAAGCGAGGUGACCGAUACUGAUUCUAGUAGCCUAGAGCAGCAAUCUGCAAACUCGCGGCGUGUUAGGUGGGACGAGAAUGUUGUCAAUAACGAAGGGAUGGGGAAGAAGAGUUCGAAAGUAUGCUGUAUUUAUCACAGACCACGCGCGCUAGAUGAAAGCAGUUCCGAGUCCUCGGAUUCCGAGUCCAGCUCUGAUGACUCUGACACCGAUGACGAUCGCGAUACGAGAUCCGGCCAGCGACGACGGCGGCGGCGACAUCGAGACGAUUGUGAACAUGGUGACGCUGGUAAUGAUGCUUCAUGUCCGGGACAUAGCCACGACAUCAAACGAGUAAGGGAGAAGAAGAAGCCAAAUGCCUACGAAAGGAUUCCCAAGAACGAUCGCAAGCUUAAUAAGAUUCUGUGA